ACAAUUUUUAUCGACGAGGCGAGCGGAUACAAUUGUAAACCCACUCACUUAAAACGGUUAGCUCCAGUAAAGAUGUCAAAGGUGGACCAAGAUCCAAAUGCUUCAUUAAGUAUAAUGGAGCAAAUCAAGAUUUUAAUUAAACCGCCGCCAAAUGAGGACGAGAAAUUGGUACAGCGCACAACGAACACGAAACAUCCGUAUUAUAGGCGCCCAGGCAGGGGACACAACCACGAUUUGUGCGACGCUUGCGAGGAGGGCGGUAACUUGCUAUGUUGCGACCGCUGUCCAUCCAGUUUUCACUUACAGUGCCACGAUCCGCCCCUAAGUGAGGAGGAUAUACCCAGUGGACAAUGGCUGUGUCACAGUUGCCGGAUGGCCAAAGUCUCCCAGCCACCCUCUUCAUCUAAAGCCAGCUCCGUGGAGCGUGUGCCAUCUGCGGGCAGCUGUUCGCGCGCAAAUACUCCGUCAUCUGGCGAGCUGGAGUCCAUCCCACUUAAAAUUCGCAAUUUGCGCAAACGCAGCAACAGCGAGCGUAACAGUACCGAAAAGAUGCUGUCGAAAUUCCCGCUGGCCAUUCAGCGAGCCCUCGAUCCCAACAAGAAACCCACGCCUCUCGAUGAUGUUAUACGUGCAGCUAGCAUGCUUAAUCCCCAGCAGUUCUCACUGCCGCGCGAACUGGAACUGCACACGCAAUUUCCGGGCAAUGGUAAAGUGCAGCCCGUGCAGCCAACGCACGGCCCAGGCACGGGCAAUGGAAAUCGUAAGCUUAAUAGCCAGAGGCGUAACUCCAAACCUUUCGAACUGGAUGGACAAGGAUUGGUGCCACUGCCGGCCAAGACAUGUUUCUACUGUUCGCGCUCCUGCAAAAGAGCGCCGCUCAUUUCAUGCGACUACUGUCCGCUCUACUAUCACCAGGAUUGUCUGGAUCCACCGCUAACUGGGCUGCCCGCCGGUCUGUGGAUGUGCCCCAAUCAUGUUGAAAACUUCAUUGAUGCCAAUAUGACGACAAGUAUUUCGGCAACGGAGCGUGUGCGUCUCUGGAAUCGUUUUCAUCAGCCGGUCGACCACGAGAGCGUAAAAAUGGAGUUCUUUCGUCGCGUCAACGCGCGCCAUCCACCCUUUCGCAUGAAGACGGGCCUCAGGCCACGUGCUCACAUUGAGGUGCCCCCCAUGGUUCGCUACCACUACGAACAUCCUCCUGCGCUGCUUCCUUCAAUGCGUCAAACCUUGCGCUAUGAUCGUGUGAAGCGACGCAAGAAUCUGCCCACUGCCGUCGAAGAAAUAUCACGAGAGAGUGUGACCGAAUCGCUGCUGAAGGAUCUGGAGGCGCUGCGUUGCGCCCGAGCCAAGUUUCGUGAGAUACAAAAGGAGUACGGCAAUGUAGAGUUCGAUGGCAUUGAUAGCGACACCGACAGCGUCGAAGGAGAGGAUGCGACAAAGCAAGGCUGCGAGCAGCUGAACGGCACGAACGGUAGAAAAACGGAGUCACCGGAUGCUGAGACAGAGGCGCAGGCAACAACGCCGGUCGCAGAGCAGGCCGAGCAGGCACCGUGCAAUGCAGAUAACGGGGGCGCAGAACCUAUUAAGGAGGAGAAAGUGGCCGAGGUGGACAUUAAGCCCAAUCUGGAACCUAGCUUUGAAGAGGAUGAGGAUGAUUGCAAGCCGGCAAGCAGCAUAAUCGAUGGCGACCUAUGCCACCUGGACGUGGAUAUUAUUAAAAAGCUGGCCCACCAGCGUUUGCAGCAGCUGGUCCAGGAAUAUCCGGAGAUUGUAACACAAUACAAGAAUCGCACGGCAGCUCGAAGGCUGCGUGAGCUUCACACAACGACGACAGCACCAGCUGUGCACACACCUCUUCAAAACGAACUCUCACCCGAUGAUAUGAACCGCUUCUCGCUGCUAUUCACCAGUGAGACUCCCUCGAUAUUGGCACAGAAAAAUGGCAAUGCUGCCGAUGAGGAUCCAUUGCUGCAGCUUCAUCCCGCCUUGGCGACUGCCGCGGCGAUUGCAGCUGCCGAUGAGGCCGCCGAGAAUUACAUGCCACGCAUACGGACGGACACGGAGAAGGCCUACGAGUUGGCUUCGCGACUUGAACUCAAAUUGCUACAGUGCCGAGUAAGGGCGAGGGCUGUGCUCACGCCAUUGGGUGACCUGCUCGAGGAUAGUCGCUGGUUUAAAACGCUCGGGCUGGAGCAAUCAAUCUUCAUGCGUUACCGCACGUUAUAUGUGGGAUAUGGCGGCCAUUACACGCCUUCCACAACGCUGGCGCACACCGAAACCGUCGAUCUGUCAGCAAUUGGAUAUUGCGCGCGGAUCUCCCCCCAGCAUGCAAUCAUAUUUUACGAUGAGUACUCAAAGUCCUAUGAGCUAAUUAACUACUCAGAAUUCGGCACUGAGGUCAAUGGACAGCUAUACACAUGCGACUUUACAGAUCAUGCAACACCUGCGUAUGGUGGCAAGCGCAUGAGACCUGACGAUGCGGAGCUGAAGCGUCGCGUUGACGAUUUGCUGGACAAGCGGCGCCACAUACAGCGCCAGUAUGAGCCCAAGUCUGACACGACUGCCAGGUUGGCGUCUGCUGUGAAGCCCGCUUGUCGGUGUCUGAACGCCGAGCCUGCGCCCAUGAUGCCCGGCGCCUGGGAGGGAUCCGCUGUGCUGGCCCAUGGCACGCUUAUACGAUUUGGCUGCCUGUCUUUCGUCUUCUCAGUACCAUCAGUGGACUUGAUGCACGCUGAGAGCGCCAAGCGUAGUGCGUAGAAUUGGGGCAUGGGGAUGGGAUGCUACCCCAGACACUGCCAGUACCCGGGACCGUUCGCAUCAUACUCCAUGGCGAAGCAUCAAGGCCUCAGUGAGGAGCAGCCUACGGCAGCCAGAACUUUGGCCUAGUUUUAAGCACUCCUACAUUACUUCCAUCGUCAGCAACUUGCACACC